AAGGACCCUAGAAUUCUACCAAAAUUUCGGCAGAGAUUUCGAAUCCAUCUCUGGUUCAACUCAAAAGUGAAAAAAAGUUAAGAUUAAUCUCAAAUUCUAGCAAAGUGAAGACCCCUUUUUCCCUCCUCCCUGCCCCACUACUAAUCUACAAUACCCAUAUAGGGAAUAUAAGUUCAUUCAUGACCAUCCCAGUUUCAAUCCAUCACCUCGGAUCCUCUCUCUUUCUCUCUCCCUCACUAGUCAUUAAUGGGUCUUUCCCAGCUCACACUCCUCUACUUGCUUUUGUCAAAUAUUGGCUCAAUAACUGCUAGGCAAGGGGAAUGGAAGUCUGCUACUGCAACAUACUCCAAAGAAACAAAUGGCUCCAUCAUCACACAAGGUGCUUGUGGUUAUGGUGACCUUCACAGGAAAAGCUAUGGGGAGUUCAGUGCCGGACUUAGUAGUAUGUUAUUCAACAGAGGGAGUUCCUGUGGGGGAUGCUUUGAGUUGAGAUGUGUCGACCACAUCCGCUGGUGCUUGCCUGGUAGCCCUUCUGUUAUCAUUACUGCAACAGAUUUCUGUCCACCAAAUUAUGGGCUUCCCUCAGACUAUGGUGGCUGGUGCAACUUCCCCCAAGAGCACUUCGAGAUGUCCAAGGCAGCUUUUGCUGAAAUAGCAGUGAGAAAAGCUGAUAUUGUGCCAGUACAGUAUAGGAGGGUGAACUGCGCAAGGUAUGGAGGAUUGAGAUUCACAGUCAGUGGGAGUUCCUACUUCUAUCAAGUCCUGAUCACCAAUGUUGGGUUGGACGGUGAAGUGGUUGCAGUGAAAGUGAAAGGAUCAAAGACAGGUUGGAUUCCAAUGGCAAGGAACUGGGGCCAAAAUUGGCAAUGUAACAUAAACCUUAGGGGGCAGCCUCUGUCUUUCGAGGUGACAAGCAGCAGUGGAAGAACAGUUACAUCCUACAAUGUAGCUCCAGCAAAUUGGGGGUUUGAUCAGACAUUUGAAGGGAAACAGUUCUAAGAGAGCUGGAAGCUUCAGAACUACAAAAAUAGGGAAUUUGGGGGUUAGAAAGAAACUGCAUAAUUGGAAAAGCUCAAAGUCACGAGUUCAUUAGUACUUAGCUGAAAUGUGGAUCCCGAAAUUUCGAUAGGCACAUUUACAUUAUCCAAAAUGGGAGAUAGAAAAAGAAAAAGCAAUGCCCAUAAUUUACA